UUCGAUGAAAUAUACCUUGGAUAUUGUUCUUUGUCAUGUACUGUGCAGAUGCUGAGGCGACUGGGCCAAACCGGACCUGGGCCGCACCUCGGAACGCAUGACCUCCUCACGGGCCAGGGCAAUUGGUUUGACGUGUCGACGCUCAAUGCUACUGGAGGCAAAGGCUCGGAUGAGGAGAAUGUACACAAGCUUCUCGUCUGGUUCGCCUCUUUAGCAUCGCCAGGAGCAGCAUCUGCCACUGAUGGAACUGGGGAAUCGGGCACGUGGCGCUUCAGCGAGGUUCCAGCCUCCCAGAUCGGCGCUGAAGGUGGCACCAUCGAGCUGCGCUGUACCGUGCUAGACCCGGCGGCGGGCGACUGCUUGUGGCUGCGCGAUGGCCGCAAUGUGGGGGCCAGCCUCUCCCGGCUACCACAUCUGUCGUGGGCCGGCGCUGGUCGUGACGGGGACUGCAGCCUCGUGGUGCGCGGCCUGACCCGGGGCCGCGACGAUGGCUCCUGGGUGUGCCAGGUCACCGGGGAUGCUCUGCACCCGACGCUUACGUCGCCACCCGCUGUGCUCGUCAUCUCUUCCGGUGCCGCAACUGCAAGAACGGAACUGUAGUUCUGGCUUAUGGAUAUUUCAAGUGGACUGUUUACUGUUGCAGAGGUCACUCCACAACAUAUAAUUUAUUAAGCAUGUGCCCAUGGCUCCAAUUGUUUUUUAUACAAAUAAAGCUGCUAUAUAU